UCAGGUUCCGUUACAGUCCUUCCAUUCUAACCGCGCAUGUGCAGCUCCAGGAGUGCGCAGCCACUGCCACCUGUCAGUGUCCAUCAGUGCCAGCUCUGUGCUCAUCCGUGCCACCUGCCAGUGCCCAUCAGUGCCUCAUCAGUACCACAUUUCAGUGCCUACCAGUGCACAUCAAUACCACCCAUCAGUGCCAGUCAGUGCCACCUAUCAAUGCCAGUCAGUGCCACCUAUCAGUGCCAGUCAGUGCCGCCUAUCAGUGUGCAUCAGUGACCGUCAGUGCUGCCUAUCAGUGCCGCCUAACAGUGCCAUUUAGUGCCACCUAACAAUGCCAGUCAGUGCCGCCUAUCAGUGCCAUAUAUGAGUGCUGCCUUUCAGUGCCCAUCAGUGAUGCCUGUCA